AAUAACAACAUAUCAUCCAUGGUGUCCUUGCCAAUCAUCAAUCAUCCAUGGAGUUUUCUGUUCAGAGCCCGCUUCAAUACUUGGGCUUUUGCCAUUAAGAACGCCGCCUCUUCCUCUUCUUCACCUCUCAAAGCCCUCCAACUCUAUUCUCGGAUGCACCGCCAAUCUUUGCCUUUCGAUACCUUCUCUACCCUCUACGCCAUCAAGUCUUGCACCCAUUUGGGGCCCCACCACAGCCUCAACAACAUCUUACGCCACCUCCACGCCCACAUUCUCAAACUCGGUUUCUCUUCUCACGUUUACGUCGCCACUUCUCUCCUCUCUGUCUACGCUUUCAAUGUCUUUAGGGACGCAUGCUUCCUGUUCGAUGAAAUGCCCAUUAGAAACACCGUCUCUUGGAAUGUUAUGAUUACUGGAUACUCUCGUCAAGGGGAUAUUACUACUGCCCGCCUCUUUUUCGACAGAAUGCCCCUUCGAGACCUUGCUUCUUGGUCUGCAAUGAUCGCAGCAUAUGUCGACAAUGCCCUCUGGGACAAUGCCUUACCACUUUUCCGCGAAAUGAUGGUCAGUAGGAAUGUUACUGGUGAUUGCCUAAAGCCCGAUCAACUAACUUUAGGUUCCAUUUUAGGAGGCUGCGGUCGAAUGGGUUCUGUUGGAUUGGUGUUUGGAAAAUCCAUACACGCCUUUGUUAUUAAGAACAAGUGGGACUUGAAUGUGGAGUUGGGUACUUGUUUAGUUGACAUGUAUGCUAAAUGCGGGCUUCUAAAAACUUCUUCCCUGAUUUUCAGCAUGAUGAAGGGCAACAACGUGGUUGCCUGGACAGCAUUAAUCUGUGGCGCUGCUCAACAUGGAUUUGGACAAGAAGCUAUACAGAUCUUUGAGAAUAUGAGAGAAGCAGGGGUGAAGCCUAAUGAGUUGACGUUCACAGGGAUACUUACUGCUUGUGUGAAAGCAGGGUUGGUGGAAGAGGGGCGCAUGUAUUUCAGGAUGAUUGAACAGUGUGGGAUAAGGCCUAGGAUUCAGCACUAUGGCUGCAUGGUUGAUUUAUUUGGUAAGACGGGAUUGUUGGGGGAAGCAUAUGAGAUCAUUAACACAAUGCCGUUUGAAGCCAAUGUGGUUAUAUGGGGUUCAUUCUUGUCAUCUUGUAAGCUGCACAAGCAGUUUCAGAUGGCUGACGACAAUGUGAUUGAUAAGGUGAUGAGGAUGGUGACUCCAGAAAAUGAUGGAGGGGUUUACUCACUUAUAUGUGAUUUAUAUGUAUUAAGCGGCAAGUGGAGUGAGGCAGAAAGAAUAAGGAAUAUGAUGCUCACCAAGAACGUGCGGAAAUCUCGGGGAUCUAGUUUCGUCCCAAGUGGUAAUGUGAAGUCGGAAUCCUAACAAAAAAAAAUCCUUCUUCGGACUUGGGCAAGUUCAGGCGAUGCAGGAUGCAGCUAUCAAUACAAGGUUGACAAAACUAGAGUGGAAUAGGACAGUCAAUCACAAAGCUUCGGACAAAGACGAAUUACUAUUAUUAGGCAUAAAAAACUAAAUAAUGGAGGUCACUGCUUCACAGAUGGCUCAGCGAAGGCCUUUGGUGAUAUUUGUAGAUGAUACAUGAAAGUUGAUGACAUCACUAACAUACUCCUCCUAAGGUUGUUACAUUUUGCUGACUAAUAAGAUUUUCCUUAUUAGCGCAAUGUGUAGACUUGAGCAUUUUUCUGAGUUUGCUAUAUAGUGCUAAUGCUUACAUUAGUGUUUCAUUUAUUA